AUGGCCACUGCUGCCCCAAGAAUUGGUGACACCAAAGUCCCAAUGUCGCUUCUCGAGAAGGGUGCAUACAUAAACUACCAGCGCAUUGAGGAUAACCUCGCCAUCGUCCGUGACAGGCUUCAGCGCCCGCUUACCUUGUCGGAAAAGAUAGUGUACGGACACUUGGAUGAUCCUCAUAACCAGGACAUUGUCCGAGGCACAAGCUACCUUAAGCUCCGCCCUGACCGGGUGGCUUGUCAGGAUGCUACUGCCCAGAUGGCUCUGUUACAAUUCAUGUCUGCAGGCAUGGACACAGCAGCUGUUCCGACUACAGUUCACUGUGACCACUUGAUAGAAGCUCAAGUUGGUGGUGCUAAAGAUUUGGCACGUGCCGUUGAUCUCAACAAAGAGGUGUACGAUUUCUUGGCUACUGCCACAGCAAAAUAUGGUCUUGGAUUUUGGAAGCCGGGUUCUGGUAUCAUUCACCAAAUUAUUUUAGAGAACUAUGCAUUCCCCGGUGGACUUAUGAUCGGUACUGACUCUCACACGCCUAAUGCGGGAGGUUUGGGUAUGGUUGCUUGCGGUGUUGGGGGUGCCGAUGCUGUUGACGUCAUGGCGGACAUUCCCUGGGAAUUGAAGUGCCCUAACGUUAUCGGUGUGAACCUUACUGGCAAGAUUGGAGGCUGGACUACUCCCAAGGACGUCAUCCUGAAGGUCGCUGGCAUUCUUACUGUCAAGGGUGGAACUGGUGCCAUCGUUGAAUACCACGGUUCUGGUGUGGAGUCAUUGUCCUGCACGGGUAUGGCCACUAUUUGUAACAUGGGUGCCGAAAUCGGCGCAACUACCUCGCUCUUCCCCUUCAACCGUCGUAUGGUUGACUAUCUCAACGCUACCAAGCGUUCCGAGAUUGCUCAAUACGCACAGCGCUUUUCACACAACCUUAAGGCUGAUGAAGGCUGCGAGUACGACCAGAACAUCGAGAUUAACCUCUCGGAACUCGAGCCUCACAUCAACGGUCCCUUCACUCCUGAUCUCGCUACCCCGCUCUCGAAAUUCGCAGAGGAGGUCAAGAAGAACAACUGGCCCCAAGAACUCAAGGUCGCUCUCAUUGGUUCCUGCACUAACUCUUCAUACGAGGACAUGUCUCGCUCUGCUUCCAUUGCCCGUGAAGCUGCCGAGCAUGGUCUCGAUGUCAAGAGCAAGUUCACGAUCACUCCUGGUUCUGAGCAAGUCCGUGCUACCAUUGAACGUGACGGUCAAAUCGGUGCUUUCGAAAACGUCGGCGGUCUCGUCCUGGCUAACGCAUGCGGUCCUUGUAUCGGUCAAUGGGACAGGAAAGACGUUAAGAAGGGCGAGGUCAACUCCAUUAUUACCUCCUACAACCGUAACUUCACCGGCCGUAACGAUGCUAACCCCGCCACCCAUGCUUUCGUCGCCUCCCCGGAUAUUGUAACCGCAAUGGCUUUCGCUGGUGACCUUACCUUCAACCCGGUUUCGGACUCCCUCAUUGGCUCUGACGGCAAGCCCUUCAAGUUCUCAGACCCUACUGGUAAUGAACUUCCUCCUCGUGGCUACGACCCCGGCCAAAACACCUUCCAGCCUCCUCCUGUAGACCGUGCUAGCGUUGCAGUUGCAGUUGACCCUAAGAGCGACCGUCUUCAACUCCUCCAUCCUUUCAAGGCUUGGGAUGGCAAGACUCCAGCUGACCUUCCUGUUCUGAUUAAGGUGAAGGGCAAGUGCACGACUGACCACAUCUCUGCUGGUGGUCCCUGGCUUAAAUACCGCGGUCAUCUCGAGAACAUUUCGCAAAACUGUUUAAUCGGUGCUAUCAACGCUGAGAACGGCGAGGCCAACAAGGUCAAGAACCAGAUCACCGGCGAAUACGGUCCAGUUCCCCAGACUGCUGCUUACUACCGUGACAAGGGCAUCAAGUGGGUCGUUAUCGGUGACUCCAACUACGGUGAAGGUUCAUCUCGCGAGCACGCUGCCCUUGAGCCCCGCUACCUCGGUGGUCUUGCAAUCAUUACCCGGUCUUUUGCUCGUAUCCAUGAGACAAACUUGAAGAAGCAAGGCAUGCUUGCUCUCACUUUCGCUAACCCUGAGGACUACGACAAGAUUCAGCCCAGUGACAAAGUUGAUAUCUUGGGCUUGGAUACCUUCAGCCCCGGAAAGAACUUGACUCUUAUUGCCAAGCAUGCGGAUGGUAGCAAGGAUGAAAUUUCUCUUGCUCACUCCUUCAACGAGGGUCAAAUUGAGUGGUUCAAAGCGGGCUCUGCCCUUAACCUGAUGGCUGCCAAGGCCAAGCAAUGA